AUGCCGCUGCUUGGAAGCCGUCAAGAAGUAGGAGGGACCGGGAUACGCCCAACAUUCGGCAGCUUCCAGGACAAGAGUGGUGACGUAGCAUCGUUCGUCUCCAAUAUAUUCCGCGGCGGGCUUUUCUCGCCUCCGACGUUGACAUACGACCCGCUGCUCUUGCUUUUGAACCACGACGAGGAGAGUGAGAGAGACAGGCUCACAGAGAAGUGGAAAGACAACAAGUUACAAGAACUCAACUUUGUUGGUGUAGUGGCUGCUCUGCUCGCCAAUGUUCUGACUUCGACCGGUUCGUGGCCAAAUCUGCUACCGCCAGAAACCACGACACCAUGGACUGUUAGAACUUGCUGGUUCUGCGGCAUCGCUUUUUCCCUUGCCAGUGUCUUGACAGCAGCGGACCAGACCAUCCGGCUCCACAGGAUGGCGGGACACAGAGACGGUCUCAUCUUGAUUAGACAGUCGUUGCGCACCAAAGACCGAGUCCUCAUUGGCACCGAAUGGAAAUAUCAACCCCGGAAGAUGCAAGUCUAUGUAUGGCAGCUUGCAGUUCUGCUUCUGUCAGGGUCGGUGCUGUGCAUGAUGUUGGGGAUGGUAUUCCUCGUCUGGAGUGCCGUGAUCGAGGAUGUUGUGAGAGGAGUGGGCUUCGGUGACAAUGGAAAGGUUGCUGUGAUAUUUACUGUCGUCGCUUUGGCCACUGCUAUCAUCUUUAUUGUUGGACAGGCAACUCUAUAUCAUCCUGUACCAAAAGGAAGCGACAUUGAGGAGGCCGAGUAA